AACGGUUGAGGAUUUGUGGAAACGCUGGAAAACAUCAGAAGACUCAAACGAGACCUCCAGUUUGGAAGUACAGUAGCAGAACCUUGCCCAGAAGUUCACAAUUGGACUCUCGAAGACACCCUUCAGUGGUUGAUAGAAUUUGUUGAACUUCCGCAGUAUGAGAAGACUUUUAGAGAUAACAACGUCAAAGGAACAACUCUUCCCAGGAUAGCGGUAAAUGACUUCGCGUUCAUGGCCUCUCAACUGAAAAUUAUUGAUCGAAGCCAUAGGCAGAAGCUUCAGCUGAAGGCACUGGAUGUUGUUCUGUUUGGCCCACUAACACGCCCACCACACAACUGGAUGAAGGAUUUUAUCCUCACGGUUUCUAUAGUGAUUGGUGUUGGAGGUUGCUGGUUUGCGUAUACGCAGAACAAAACAUCAAAAGAACACGUUGCAAAAAUGAUGAAAGACCUGGAGAGUCUGCAGACUGCAGAGCAAAGCCUCCUUGACCUACAAGAAAGACUUGAAAAGGCACAGGAGGAGAACAGAAACGUUGCUGUCGAAAAGCAGAAUCUGGAGCGCAAAAUGAUGGAUGAAAUCACUUAUGCAAAGGAGGAGGCUUGUCGACUGAAAGAACUGAGGGAGGGGGCAGAAUCUGAGUUGAGCAGGCGCCAGUAUGCAGAACAGGAGCUAGAGCAGGUUCGCAUGGCUCUAAAGAAGGCCGAGAAGGAAUUUGAACUAAGAAGCAAUUGGUCUGUUCCAGAUGCACUGCAAAAAUGGCUCCAGUUGACCCACGAAGUGGAAGUUCAAUAUUACAAUAUUAAGAGACAAAAUGCAGAAAUGCAGUUAGCGAUCGCUAAAGAUGAGGCCGAGAAGAUAAAAAAAAAAAGAAGCACAGUCUUUGGGACUUUACAUGUUGCACACAGCUCCUCCCUAGAUGAAGUGGACCACAAGAUUCUUGAAGCAAAGAAAGCUCUCUCCGAGUUGACAACUUGUUUACGCGAACGUCUUUUUCGUUGGCAACAGAUUGAGAAGAUCUGUGGCUUUCAGAUAGCUCAUAACUCUGGCCUGCCAAGCUUGACCUCUUCGCUUUACUCAGAUCACAGUUGGGUGGUGAUGCCUAGGGUCUCCAUCCCACCCUAUCCAAUUGCUGGGGGAGUUGAUGAUUUGGACGAAGAUACACCUCCAAUAGUGUCCCAGUUUUCUGGGCCCAUUGUGAAGCCUCCCAGCACCCUAGCAAGAAGCAGCAGCCUUUGUCGCUCUCGUCGGAGCAUCAUGGCUUCGUCUCCUCAGCCUCAGCACACUCCGCUUCCUCCGCUCCCUCCCCACGCCCAGCACCCGCCCCAUCCGCGGCAUCCUCCACAUUCUCAACACCCAGCGCCCCUGCAGCAUGCCUUGCCUUCCCCGGAUCCCGACAUCCUCUCAGUUUCGAGCUGCCCCGCUCUCUACCGCACCGAGGAGGAGGAAGAGGCCAUUUACUUCACUGCUGACAAGCAAUGGGAAGUACCAGACACCGCUUCAGAAAGUGACUCCUUAAACUCAUCCAUUGGAAGGAAGCAGUCUCCUCCUUCAAGCCUUGAGAUGUACCACACCAUGUCUCCCCGCAAGAUAUCGAGAGAUGAACUGUCCUUAGAGGAGUCAUCCAGGGGAGACUCCCCAGUAACUGCAGAUAUCUCCCGGGGAUCCCCCGACUGUGUCGGCCUGACAGAAACUAAGAGUAUGAUUUUCAGCCCCGCAAGCAAAGUGUACAAUGGCAUCCUGGAGAAGUCCUGCAGCAUGAACCAGCUUUCCAGUGGCGGCUCGGUGCCCAAACCCCGCCACACCUCCUCCUCUUCCACUGGCAGCGAAAGUAAGCCCGCCCUGGAACGCACCCAUGUCCCCCGGAUAAGCAGCAUCCCCCAGGACCUCUGUCAGAAUGGAGAGAAAAGCAAAAAGCCAUCCAAAAUCAAAAGCCUUUUUAAGAAGAAGUCCAAGUGAACUAAAAGAGUCCUCUCCGGAGGCAUUGUUCAACUUUUCUUUUACUUUUCUUUUUUGUUGUCGUUUUUUCCUUUCCUUUUGUUUUUUUUUUUCCGUUUGUUUUUUAAUUUUAGGAAUGUAACUCCCAUUUGUUGACGUUCCGGACUGGAUGCCAUGGGGAACGCCCUUUAUGUCUAAUGUCUGCUAUUUAAGUGACUCUAGAGUCGGACCGUCGGGCCAACUGUCCCCGAGCAAAAUCAUUAAAAAGUUGAGACAGUUUACAGUCAUUUCUGCCUAUUUAUUUCUGCUUUAUUCUUAGUUGUGUAUAUAAAGCAUUUCUUUAAGCCACUUUGGACUUACAGAGCUUUAAUGGACUAGUAAGCCAGCAUGGGCUUGUCCGAGUUUCUUGUUUACCAAGCAUCUUCUUAUCUUUCCACAGAGCUAUUGACUACUGGACUUAGUAUCUUAAAAGAAAUGAAAACUAAUUGCACUACUGUUUUCCAGGCUGGAAAAAUAUCUCUGCAAGUGAAACUCUCUAGGGUUCAUCAAAUGACAGAGGACAGGGUGGGAAGGGGGGGGCCAGGGGUCUGUUUUCACUUUUAGAUCUAAUUGGGUUUAUAAGUAGAACCUAGGAUUUCUAAUUGACUUGAUUUCUGGAAAUGAAAACCCACGCUUUUAUUAUGGGAAGCUUCUUUAGGUGCAUUUAUUAUUAUAAAGGUUCAAGUCCUGCUGUGAAGAUCAUGUUUUUCCCCAGGGCUUUCACUGUGAUUUUACCGUGCUGCAGACUGUGUGAUAAGGUUGGAUAGGUAAUUUAACGAGCCGGGGCUCUUGAUUCCUCAUGCAAGUUGGAGAGUUGAAACUCGACCGAAGCAUGAACUGCGAGAUGAGGGGAGAGAUAUGGACACUUGUUUACAGACAUUCAAUAACUGCAAAGGCAAGAUGAUUUGUGAAACUUUAUAUACUGUGGAAAAGAUAAUAAAUUGGAGACUUUAUUGUGUUUGGGAUUGUACUGGUUUUAGUUAACGAUCCCACUCCGUUAUAAGCACUUGAUCCGGUUUCCUGAAAUCUGUGGUAAGCUGCAUUGUUGCUUUAUUGCAAUAGAAAUAAUAGUUGUAUUUUUUAAGUAAUGGUUAUUAAUGGAUCUCUUCCAUAAUGUUCUCUUUAUAAUGUUUGUCAUAUUCUUUAUGUAGUUUGAACUGUUCAAUGUUCUAAUAUCAAGAAGUUUAACUUAAUUGUGUUGUAAUAAAUGUUUGGUGUAAUUUUAA